UAUAUAAAGGUAUUGGCCAGUAGUCCCGAAUAAUUAUUUGAACAGAACCGUACAACGGUUUUUACUGAUGAGUUGAAGAUCGAUUUUUCGAUUAAUCGGUCCCGGUCUUUCCUAUUUUGACGCAUGUGCACCAAGUGACAGCAGUCUUCCUUCAUCCCAUUGAUGGAGGAUCGUAUCGUUAACGUUGUUGUAGGUGAAGGCAAGUGUUAUUUAUUCCGAAACUAUGUUAAAAUAUGAAGUGAAUCGUUGUGACGUAUUAUUUUUGUGUAUAAUUAAGUGAUAUCUGCACAGCAUAAUUUCCUGUUUAUUUUAAAAUCCUCGGCAUUAAACCAAGAGAUGAAAUCAUAAAUACGUGAUAUUUAGUGUGUCAAUCAUGGCCGCCUGAAAAAUUAUGAACACAAUAUUUUGAAAUAAAUAACAUGUAAAUGUUAUACGGUGUUUAAACAAUUUCAGCGAGUUGUUUUAAAAAAUUUAAAUAAUAGACGUUAAAAUGGCUGAACCGAAUAAUCCCAGGAUCCCAAAAAUAAUGGUUUUCCGACCAACUUGGGAUGAAUUCAAAGAUUUUUCUAGCUAUGUUAAGCAUAUGGAAUCAAAAAUGGCUCACAAAGCCGGCUUAGCAAAGGUUAUUCCUCCUCCAGAAUGGGUCCCCCGCAAAUCGGGUUAUAACGUUGACGAUUUAGAGGUGACCAUUCCAGCUCCAAUUUGCCAGGUUGUGACUGGAAAACAAGGCUUAUAUCAACAAAUAAACAUACAGAAAAAAUCUAUGACUGUGAAGCAAUAUAGGGACCUAGCAAACUCUGAACGGUAUGCAGCCCCUAAACAUUUUGAUUACGAAGAUUUGGAAAGGAAGUAUUGGAAAAAUAUUACCUAUGUUGCUCCUAUUUAUGGAGCAGAUGUUUCUGGUAGCAUCACUGAUGACGAUGUUAAUGAAUGGAAUAUAAACAGAUUGGGUACAAUUUUGGACUAUGUAAAUGAAGAUUAUGGUAUAUCAAUUGAUGGAGUUAAUACUGCAUAUUUGUACUUUGGUAUGUGGAAAACUACAUUUGCUUGGCACACUGAAGACAUGGAUUUAUACUCUAUUAACUAUCUACAUUUUGGAGCCCCAAAAACAUGGUAUUCUAUUCCACCUGAACAUGGCAGACGUUUGGAAAGAUUGGCCAAUGGAUUUUUCCCAAGUUCAUACAAGACUUGUCAGGCAUUCUUGAGACACAAAAUGACAUUAAUAUCUCCACAGAUUUUGAAGCAGUAUUCCAUCCCAUAUAAUAAGAUAACCCAAGAGGCAGGUGAAAUAAUGAUUACCUUUCCAUAUGGUUACCAUGCUGGUUUUAACCAUGGUUUCAACUGUGCAGAAUCUACCAAUUUUGCACAAGAGAGGUGGAUAGAAUAUGGAAAAAGAGCAUCACAGUGUACUUGCAGUAAGGAUAUGGUUAAGAUUUCUAUGGAUACAUUCGUUAAGAGGUUUCAACCAGAUAGAUAUGAAAUGUGGUUGAGAGGUGAAGACAUUGGACCCCAUCCUGAAGAACCUGAUAAGAAAAUGGCAGCCCCUCUACCAAUGCCACAGGAUAUUUUGUGUAAUAAGAAUAAUCCUUCUUUGCCACAGACUUAUCUGGAAAAUCAUAAAUCUGGCAAGAAAGGUGGAAGGAUGGGAGGAUUCAACCCUAUGGCCGAAUUUCCCGCUGCGCUACAACUUGAACUGAUGGAGGAAGAUAACAUGGGAUUCGGAGGAGAUGAUAUGCCUCCUGAUGAACAACAACUGGAAGUUCUCGAAGAUAUUUGGUUAAAAGCUGGCGAAAUUGAAGCGGAAGAUGCUUCGGUCUGCGACGCUGGAUAUAAUGUGAAGAAAGGAAGACAUUUUCACAAAAAGAAGCGCCAUAAGAAGGGCAAGAAGAAUACCGAUGAUCCUUCUUGGCAACCCAAGGAUAAAGAUGUUUAUAAUAAUUUGACAGGACUCUAUGCACCUUGUGAUAGAAAAGACAAGAAAGUAUGUGGUAAAAUCGUCAAACCCAUCGAGGAACAAAUGGACACAACUGAAUUAGUUAAGAGUCUUUUAGCACAGGAAACGGAAAUUCUAAUGAAAAAGUCAAAGAAGCACAAACAUAAGGAUAAAAAUAAGAAGAAAGAUGAUGAAGGACAUAAGAAACAUAAAAAACGAAAGCAUCAUAAAGAUGAGAAAAUAGUUUCUGAAAAACCAGAUCCUACUAAAACAGAAGCAAAGGAAGACACAGAUGUAAAGGUAGACCCAGGAGUAAAGGAAGAAACCGAAAUAAAAGAAGGCGAAGUGAAGGAAGAAAGAGAAGUGAAGGAAGAAACAGAAAUCAAAGCAGAAAUAGAUAGCAUAAUAAGAGCUGCAGCUGAAGAACACCAACAAAAGCUGAUUAGUGAAGCAACUGUGCCCAUACCAGAUUCUUCAACUUCUCAAACAACUGAACCCAAAUCAGAGCCUUCAACUUCUCAAACAACUGAACCCAAACCAGAGCCUUCAACUUCUCAAACAACUGAACCCAAACCAGAGCCUUCAACUUCUCAAACAACUGACCCCAAACCAGAGCCUUCAACUUCUCAAACAACUGACCCCAAACCAGAGCCUUCAACUUCCCAAAAGGCUAAACCCAAACCACCUCUUAAAACCUACAGGAUACCUAAAAAGGUGGUACCGAUUGUACCAACUAAUAAGGUCGAAACAAUAAGAACAUCAAAAGGCAUUAUCACUGUCUUAGAACCAAACGUGAUGGCUAUAGAACCGAACUUGGUGGUCAUUAAACCGAAACCAGUGACUGCUAAAUCGGCACUUUCCAAUAAAUACGAAUGUGCUUUCUUAGACUUCAUAAAUCAGAGACAAUCUACACCAGAAACAAAAACUCGACCUUCGCCUAUAAGAACACCUAUCAGAACUCCACCAAAAACGCUACCAAACAGUAUUUCAAAAACUAUAUCAUCUCUCCCAAAAGGUAUUAGGAUAACUUCCAGUAGCCCACCCAAAACAACAGCACUUACAACUCAUCGCAAUAGUACUGAGCUAGGCAUUAGUACAUUACCAAGCAUUAGUACAGUAUCAGGCAUUAGUACAUCACCAGGCAUUAGUACAGCACCAGGCGGUAGUACAGCACCAGGCGUUAGUACAGCACCAGGCGCUAGUACAGUACCAGUCAUUAAUACAACACAAGAAACUAAGGAUAAUAACAAGCCUAGCACUAAUGCAGUAAAGCCUUCUGUACCUGAACUUAGCAAAAAUACAGCCAGUGUAUGUAAACCCAACACUAGUACAGAGCCUCGUACUUACAGCAACAGGAGUGAAACUACGAGGACUAGCAAUAUUGAAACACCAGUACCACCUAGUAAUUAUAUUAAUGGUAAUAAUGUUAUUAGAAACGUUAAUAAACCACAAAUGAUUGUACUUAACUCCCAAAUGAUGAUAAAUCCAACAUUAUCUGAACUUCCUCCUGUGCAGUACUCGGAAUUGCUCCCAGUCCCACUUCGUGCUGUCCAAAUGCCAGAACUUUCCAGGCCUGAACCUAUCUGUGAACAUGACGAUAUGCCGAAUUUGGAUUCGCCAGUCGUCGCAACUAAAGUCAAUUUGACUGAAAUUGAUCGCAGAGAAGAGGCGGUCAAGGGUUUGUUAGACAUGUACUCCGUGAGUAUUGAGAAAACAACAAAUCAAACUUUAGAAAACGUCGAUGAAUUGCCCCCUAAAAAGCACAAACCUAACUUAAUAUGGAGUAAUCACAAAUAUUACACUACCUAUAGGUGUUCAGAAACCAUAUAUGAUAAUCUAGAUAGGUUUUAUCCUAUGACCAGUGCACCCAUUCCUGAAAAAAAUUGUGGAGACAAGGUUAUAGUAGAAACAAUACCUACUGUAACUACAGAAAACAUAACCGCUCUAGAAAUGAUGGAUCUUCCAUUAAUAGAACACCAUAUUGAUAGGAAAAACACAUCUGAAAAAGAUGAUACUGAUUCAGAUAGUUCAUCUAGCUCCGAUGAAUCCGAAUCAUCGGACAGUUCUAGCGGAUGUGACUCGGACUGUGAGGAGUGUUUAAAGGAAUCUAAAAUUUGUAACAAAAUAGAAGGUGAGGCUAUCACUACACCGACUCAUAAAAAUGAUGAUAAAAAUGACGAAGAAACAAAAGAGAAUAUGCAAUUUAAAACAAUGAUGAAACCACUUCCAAAGAAUAAGAGCAACUUUAAAAAGAUGAGGCAAUUUUUUAAAGGGAAGAAGAAGGAAUUUCCGAUGAAGAAACCGAGGUUUUCUUUGUCAGAAAUAAUAUUGGGAGUGAGAAAAAGGGGGCGGCCAAAUAAGGACCAAAAACAGCGAUUCAGUACGAUGAAGCGCUUGGUGAAUAAUUUUUUGAAAACCUCGAACAGCUCCGGCAGAAACGGGGGGCUCAGCAAUCGAUUGCUUUAUAAAAAGGCGUGUUUGACUCCACUGGAGUGUUAUAUAGAGGCUAACGAUGUUUUCAAUAAUUUCAGUAAAGAUGUACAAGAAUAUUUGAAUUCCGGAUUGACGUUGUUUAAUGUCAGUUCUAUUAGUUUAGCGAAAGACUGUACGAGGAACGAGAAUCUAGAUCACACGAUUGGUUGUUCAAAGAAUAUUAAAACUGAGAAAAAUGACUCAUCGCUCAAAUUGAACGAUAUAGUUUGGGCGAGACACAAAAAUGGUCGAUAUUAUCAUGCUAAAGUUGAAGAGGUGAAGCAAGAGACGCGAUAUGCAGUGUUUUUUCCAUCAGAUCAGAGUUUUUCCAAAGAUAUAAUUCUGACUGAUAUUGUUGAUUUUGAAACAAUGCCAGACGGUCCGUAUGAAGGACAAAGACUGCAAAUAAGAUGGAUUGACGGUCAAAUAUAUACUGCUGAUUGUAUGGGUGAAGCCCAUUGUUUUGUAUAUACGGUAUUAUUUGAAGAUGAAUCAAAGUGUAUGCUUCAUAGGGAUUAUAUUUUUGCUUUGGAUGAGCCCAUACCAAAGCGAAUAUUAUCGAAAAUGUCCUAUGCUAGCUUCAUGACCCACAGAGAACAUCUGUACGAUCUGGAGAGACCGUUGCCAGAACGACGACCUGUAAAACGGAAAGUAUUUGAUAAUGAGGAUUGUUAGUUAUAGGCGAAAUUAUAUAAAAUUUUGUUUUGAAGACUGAGAUUAAUCUAGUAGAAUUGCCUUUUUACAAAAUUUCCAAAUUUUGGUGAAACAACUUAAAAGAGAGGCAAAGCCCGUUUCUUUAUACAUAUGAUUUAAAAUUGUUUUAUAAAAUUUUUCCUUUUUUUUUGGAAAGUCCAAUCGUGUUCUUAAUUGAUUCAAGUCUAUUUUAUUCGUAGUCUUCAUAUAUAAGUGUGUGUGAUAAGAUAUUUAUUAUAUAGUUGAGAAUGUAUAUAU